AUGCUCGGCCUCCUCUCUCUUUUCGUAUCGUUGGCAGCGGCCUACCCUGCUCGGGGGCCAUGCACUGGCAACUGCUGGGCUCAUGAUCCUUCUAUGAUCCAGCGUGAGUCAGAUGGCAAGUACUUCCGUUUCUCUACAGGCACAGGUGUGAACAUCAUGUCCUCACCGGCACUGAAGGGACCUUGGACAGACUUGGGCUCUGCUUUGCCUGAUGGAUCCAACAUUGUCCUGGCUGGCGCAAACCACACUGACAUCUGGGCCCCUGAUGUUCACUACUCUGGUGGUACUUAUUACAUGUACUAUGUGAUUUCCGCCAUUGGUACGCAGACAUCAGAGAUCGGUGUUGCUACCUCCACCACUUUGGAGGUUGGUUCCUGGACCGACCAUGGCGCUGUCGGCAUCCCCGCAAACACAGACUACAAUCGAAUCGACCCCAACUGGAUCGAAAUUGGUGGAAAGCAAUACCUCCAAUUUGGCUCUUUCUGGCAGGAUAUCUACCAGGUUGAACUCACAAGCGCCAUGAAAGUCGGCUCCCACACUCCUUAUCAGCUCUCUUGGAACGCCUCUCUUAACCACCGCGAGGAAGGAUCCUUCCUUUACUACCACGACGACUACUACUACCUCUUUUUCAGCGCUGGUAUUGCGGGCUCAUACACUGCGACUACCCCAGCUGCGGGAGCCGAGUACAGCAUCCGUGUUUGUCGCUCCACUACUGGAACUGGUGGAUUUGUGGAUAAGGACGGCACUGAGUGUCUGAAGUCAGGCGGAACAAUGCUAUUGGCCAGUCACAACCAGGUCUAUGGACCCGGUGGAGAGGGCGUGCUGAACGACAGUGACCUUGGACCUAUUCUCUACUACCACUAUUACCCUCUCGCUACCAAGGAGGCUGGCGGUGACGGCGCUGCUGGAUACCGCUAUGGAUGGAACGAGUUGGGCUUUACUGAUGGGUGGCCAGUCGUCAACGCUGCCUAA